GUCGUGUUGGGGCGGUGUCGCCUUGCGUACCUGGCUCUCGAUUCCUUGGCACAAACACAUCGGCGGCAAGUUGGGCGGCCGUCGAACGCAUUGCUCGAAGCAUGUCCCGACCAGCGAAGCGACCGCUGGUUGUGCUUGUUGUAGCAACAGCCGCGGCCGUGAACGUCGCACACGCGCAGCCGAAAGCCGACAUGUCGUGUAUGGACAAGCUCGCCCCGGUGCUCAAUGGCCUGAGGACAAACACCAAGGCCAAGGCAUGCGUGAAGGCGGUGGUCCCCGAGACACCACCAAGUCAAUUGUCCUUUAUCGACCUUCCGUCGAAUCGGACGGAAGUAAUUCGGCGCAUGGCCAACCUGGACGAGUGCAAAGUAUGGUAUGCCGAGCUCCACGAUGUGAUCCGCGCCACGAAACCCUCAUGCGUAUACUGGUACAACACGGGCGGCUCGUUCAACACGUCCACGUACAACUUCACACUUACCGAGUACAUGGACCUCAUCGAGUGGUCAGUCACUACGGAAUACAAGGACCCGACGACCAAGCCAAUUUUGAACAAACCCGUCAACACAACGCCGCUCCCGGGACCCACGACGACGGUCGACGGUCCGAGGACAUCAUCCCCUGUGGCUAGUCAGGCGUGUGGUGUCUUGCUGAUGAGUGCGGUCGUGAUAGUCGUCGCCGCCGCCACGUCGGCCGUGUGUUGAAUUCUCCAUGGCCCAACGAUGACGUGGCCGCGUUUGAUGUAUUAUUGCACACGACUCGAACAGAUAGCGAUGGAAGCUAAACAACGAUUGUGGCGAAUGGCGAGUGUUUCCUGUGCGGACUGGGGCAAAAAUGGUGAAAGGCGAUUCCAGCUUUACCCUGUAAUGCAUCCGUUGGCCCAUGCGUCCCGUUGUCGGAUACCACCGAGCUCCUCAUGAGCCCUGACUGCCCCAAGGGGUGAUAGUGCGUGGAGUUUGCGAUGCCAGGAAUCCCUGGCAGACAACGUUGUCGACCACUGGCAUCCCGCGCUGUUACGGAUCAAGAAUGUUGUGGGAUGACGCUCGGGUCUUCAUCUGCUCUCGUGGGUAGGCACUCAUUGACCGCUGCUGCUUGCAAAGCCUGCUGAAGUUGCCUCCAGUGCUUGACGCCGUCGCUUAUCUUAUCGAGGUUUUCCCUGUUGUGUGCGACAA